AUGGCUUGUGAGGGUGCUGGGAAGAGGAGAAUAUUUGCCAUUGGCAACUAUACAAAACAAAGGUUGCUGUAUCCUUAUCAUGAGUGGGCUAUGGCUGUUUUACGUCGUAUCCCCAAUGAUGGGACCUUCGAUCAAACAGCACCUUUGAAACGGUUGGUAGGUUUCAAGAAUGUAUUUAGCUUCGAUUUGAAAUCUGCCACGGAUAGGUUUCCGUUGCAUUUCAUUUAUCGAGUGUUUGAAUGCCUUUUUGGGCCUUCGUUGGCUUCAGCUGUAGUUAACUCCACAUUGGGAAUUAACUUGUUCGAUUUACGGGCACGUUGUCCCUCUAGGAGUAUUAGUUUUGUUGUGGGCCAACCCUUGGGUUAUUACUCUUCUUGGGCCCUGUUCUCUUUAUCUCACCAUGUAUUGGUGUGGUAUUGCGCUGAAUUAGCGUAUCCGGGGAAAAGGUUUUCCAACUAUGCCAUUCUCGGCGACGAUGUGGUUAUCGGAGAUCCAGUAGUUGCCCGGCACUACGAGGAGUCUCUUAGUAAGCUUGAGGUUCCGAUAUCUUAUCUGAAAUCGUUGAUUUCCGAUGUCGGUGCUUUCGAGUUUGCUAAGCGGUUUCGUGUCCGAGAGGGGAGGAAGGAUAUUUCCCCAAUUUCCUUUCGGACUUUGUGUGGUGCCGGUCACCCUUUUGGUCUUAUGGCGAUUCAAGAGAAGUACCCAUGUAGGCGCUUCUCUUCUCUCCUUAGGAUUGGAGGGCUAGUUUAUUCACCCAUCCCUCCGUAUCCUGGCGAGAACGGAUACGGUUCACGUUAG